AUGGCUCUCUACCAGUUUCUGUGUGGUUCAGCUGUGAUGAUCAUCCUCUUAUCCAGGGGAUGUCAUUCAGAGUCACCAGUGUGUGGCCUGGCUGUAGAAAACACCAGAAUUGUGGGAGGUCAAAAUGCGGCUCCGGGAAGUUGGCCUUGGUUGGUCAGUUUAUACAGUGAUGGCCGUCCUUCUUGUGCAGGGUCUCUAAUUAACAAUCAGUGGGUGCUGACAGCUGCCCACUGCCUACCAGGAAUUGACGACCUUGACACAAUUGUUUAUCUGGGCCGCUUCAACACAUCAGGUCCAAACUUGAAUGAAGUGUCUCUUGGACUUGAAAGUGUCGAUUGCCAUCCUUCAUACGACUUCCUGACCAACGAGAACGACAUAUGUCUCCUGAAACUGUCAACCCCGGUGGAUUUUACGGACUACAUACAACCGGUCUGCUUAGCCUCGGCAGGGAGCACGUUCCACGCCGGUGUUAGCAGCUGGGUCACUGGUUUUGGUGUAACUCAACCUGAUUCAUCUUCCAGGGCAGAGAUCCUGCAGGAAGUGAAUUUACCAAUCGUUGGAAACAAUGAGUGCCAAUGCACCUAUCCUGAAUUAACAGAUAACAUGAUCUGUGCUGGGUUCAAAGAGGGAGGAAAGGACGCGUGUCAGGGAGACUCAGGGGCACCACUGGUGACCAACAAUGGUUUUAUGUGGAUCCAGAGUGGAAUUGUGAGUUUUGGCCUCGGCUGUGCCAAGCCUACGACUCCUGGAGUCUACACCCGUGUGUCCGAGUACCAGGAAUGGAUCACCGACAUUAUUGGCAGCAGCGAACCAGGCUUUGUUACCUACAACUCCUCGGGAGUGGACAGCGACUUAAAUAGUAUCUGUUCAAUUGUACCAUACACCAAUGCAACUACCACAACUACCAACACUGCAACCACCGCUAUAUCCAAAAUCCCAACGACCAACACGAGCAGCACAUACAGCACCGAAGACCCUAAGUCUGGUGGCAGUGUAUUUGACAGUGGUGUAAACGUGAACCACUUCUCCCACUUCACCUCACUCUGUAUUCUAGUUAUCUCCCUGUAUGUGCUGGUUGGUGAAACAUAAAGGGAAAAUGUCAGUUUAAGGUUUCAAAGAGCAAAUGUUUAAUUCAUUGUGUUUUAUAAUGAGCACACAUCACUGCACUAAGGUGAGAAGGGAAACCACUGGAGAUGAGCAAAAACUAAACUUUUCCGGGGGGUUUCUCUUUAAAUUUGAUUGAUUUAAGUUUGAAAAAGCUUUGGGAAAUGUUGUAUUGUCUAGUAACUAACUAUAUGUGUGUGUGAUGUGUAAUAAUGGAAUCAUGAAAUAAACAAUUGUAUGUUG